AUUGAUCCUUUUCAUUACAAACGUGACAAGCGGUAUGCUAUAAUAGUGGAGAAUCAACAAAAUUUUAUACAAACGGACUUUUUGUGGGAAAAUCGUCGACAAAGGGUAAUUCUGGCCGAGUAUGAAACUCAAGACCCAGAGUCAUUAUCAGAGUAUUUUUGUUGGUAUCGACGUUACUCGCGCACUUUCAUAGGAAAUCCUACGCAUAAUGUGAAUAAAGGAUACCAACACAUGACAGGCAGGCAUGAGGCACUGGCUUUAGGACAUCAAGAAUCCAACAGGUUGGCUCAGGGGACUAUCCAAGAUCCAACCAAGUGUAAUGAAGUGAAGGAAUUAGCAGAAAUGUUUAGCCACAUUAAUACAGAGUCCAUGGCUGCUGCCUCUCUGGGGACAAUGUUGAGUUUCGCUCCCAAUUAUACACCACCGGCAGAGUAUGUUGAGCCGCCUACUGUGGAAGUUCCUCGUCGUCAACGUCCUAAUGUACCAAGACCUGCGGCGCGUGGUAGAGGAUGCCAAGCAGGUAACAGACGGGGUCGAGGUCCCGUGGAUCACUAGUUGGUUAAUGAGGAAGAGGUUCAUUUUGAUAAAGAUACGCCCAGCUCAACGAUGCCUGCAACUGACGAUGCAUAUUACUCAAUAAUAGAUUUUGGUAUGUCCAGCUCAUCGACGUCUGCUCCCGAGUUCCAAUCACCGGCUGUAAUCAGACGUGAGGGGCCUUUUCAGGCAUUCGCAUCGUCUGAGCAUAUUAGCCUCGCAGUUAUGGCCCAACAGUUUGGUGUUCAGACAGGCAACUCUUAUGGGAUGACUGAAGGUCCUUUACCUGCAUUCAUUGGACAGAGCUCUUCAAUUGGGAGGAGACUGAGCUUUACUGACUCUCCCAUGGCAUUUGAUGUUGGAUCCUCACACAUUCCUGUGCCUGAUGUACAAACUUUAGAGCCACAGGAUGAGGGUGUGAUACAGGCGGAGGUUCACCAACGUAGAUCAAAACGAGAGCGCCAAAGAAACUACAUAUUUAACGACUGCAUGGAUUCUCAGCUAUAA